GCUGUCGACACCGCUGCAGCAGCGGAGAAGACGAACGCGAACGCCCCCAUCCUUGUACAAUCACCUGAAUCGACUACGAACCUCAAUGUCGCGUCUACGCUCACUCUCGAUGCCCAUGCUGCCCAGGAAACCCCAGCCUACUCUCAACCCAAUCCUUCCAUUCGCCUUCUUUUCUCUCUCCUCACCCGACGCGACGUCCUCCUCCUAGUGCUUCCUGCUAUCCUCCUUUCCAUCGUCACCGGCGGUAUCGCCCCCUUCAUGACCAUUGUCAUCGGACAAAACUUCGACGCUUUCGCUGCCUACCCUCAAACCCCAAACCCCCCCGAAUCUGCAAAGCACCAGCUGCUCCGGGCCGUCGGCCUUGCUGCGAUCGAGCUCAUCGGUCUGGCUGCGGGAGCGCUCGCUCUCAGCAGCAUCACAUCCAGUCUUUGGAUAUGGGCUGGCGAGAAGAAUGCGAUGACGCUGCGCAAGCAGGUUUUCGAAGCCGUCACGAGGAAAGAGAUGGUCUGGUUCGACACCAAGAUGGGUGCCGAAGGCUCUGUCCAGGCUGGCGAAGAAGGGCAGGGCCCAGUGGGCGCUGGUGGUCUCAUGGCUCAGUUCGCCAAGGAGACCGACGAAGUCCGGAUGGCGUCCUCGCUCGCCUCGGGCAUGUUUAUCCAACACCUAACCACGACUAUCACCGCCCUCGUCCUAGCUUUUACCCGCUCGUGGGCGCUGACCCUGGUCAUCCUUUCUGUCGUGCCCGUACUCGUCCUCAUCCAGGGCGUUGUUACCGGUCUCGUGAACCCGAGCCUCAACGAGGAGCGCCGACAGACGACCGUCGCGGCGACACUCGUUGACCGCGCUGUGGCGGCCAUCGCCACCGUCAAGGCAUUCAACGCUCAGCCAUUCGAGUUACAGACCAUCGGCGCCGUGCUCGACCGCAUGCGCGCGGCGGCCAAGCGGUGCAACACCCUCUGGGCGGUCAGCUCAGGGUUGUCGCAGUUCACUAUGAUGGCGAUGUUCGUCCAGGGCUUCUGGUUCGGCGCGAAGCUCGUGCGCGACGGGUCUGCAAGCGCGGGCGACGUCAUGACCGUCUUCUGGGCGUGCCUGAUCUCGACAAGCAACCUGCAGAUGUGCCUGCCGCAGCUUGUCGUGCUGACCAAGGGCAAGGUCGCGAUGGCGUCGUUGAUGCGGCUGGUCGAGGAGCCUGUUGAAGCCCCUGUCACCCUCAAAUCCGCGUCGACGCUGUACACGCCUCUCUCCCCGUACAAGCACGCCAGCCCGAGGAAGCGCCAGACCGACCUGCGGCGGAUCAAGCCAGCCCGGUGCUACGGCGAGUUUGCGCUGCACGAUGUUACGUUUGCGUACCCCUCCCGGCCCACGAUGCCCGUGCUGUCGGAUGUCUCGCUGUAUCUGCCUGCGCACGAGACGACGUUUAUCGUCGGCGGAUCCGGCUCUGGCAAGUCAACCGUCGCGCAGCUCUUGCUGCGGAUGUAC